AUGAUCCCCAAUGGAUAUCACACGGGGGAGAAUGUGGGCUCCAUUGCCCCAGGAUUGUCUGUGACAUACAGCUGUGAACCUGGUUAUUUGCUUGUUGGAGAAAAGGUCAUUCACUGUUCUUCUACGGGGGACUGGAGUGCUGUUGCUCCCACAUGUAAAGAGGCAGAGUGUGAACCUCCAGGACAAUUUCUCAAUGGGCAGGUAAAGAUGCCACCAAGUCUUCGGGCUGGCGUAACUGUGAACUUUUCCUGUAAUGAAGGGUAUCGAUUACAAGGCCAAUCUUCCAGUCAGUGUGUAAUUGCUGGACAGCAAGCUGUUUGGACCAAAAUGCCAGAAUGUAAAGAAAUUCUUUGCCCAUCACCUCCCUCUAUUGUCAAUGGAAGACAUACAGGCCACUCUUCCGGGAAUGUUCCAUAUGGAAGAACAGUCACUUAUACCUGUGACCCAGACCCAGAGGAAGGAGUGAAGUUCAUCCUUAUUGGGCAGAGCAUUAUUCGUUGUACAAGUGAUAGUCAGAAGAUCGGGACCUGGAGUGGCCCUGCCCCACGCUGUGAACUUUCUACACCAGCGGUCAAUUGUCCAUAUCCCCAGAUCCUAAGAGGCGAAAUAUUAACUGCAUGGAAAGAUCAAUACACAUAUAAUGACACUGUGGUAUUUGCUUGCAUGUCUGGCUUCACCUUGAAGGGUAGCAAACAAAUCCGAUGUAAUGUCCAAGGCACAUGGGAGCCACCAGCCCCAGUCUGCGAAAAGGAAUGCCAGGCUCCUCCUGAAAUCCUCAAUGGGCAAAAGGAAGAUAAACACGGGGUGUUCCGCUUUGAUCCUGGAACAUCGAUAAAAUAUAGUUGUGACCUUGGCUAUGUGCUAGUGGGAAAAGAAUCCAUACAUUGUAGCCCUGAUGGAGAGUGGACACCCAGUGCCCCCCAGUGCAAAGAAAUCACCUGCCCACCACCCCCUGCCAUCGACAAUGGGAUGCACACAGGGAGCUCCUCAGAAGAUGUUCCAUAUGGAACCACAGUCACUUACACAUGUAAUCCUGGGCCAGAGAGAGAAGUGCAAUUCAGCCUCGUUGGAGAGAGCACCAUCCGCUGUAUAAGCAAUGAUCAGGAAAGAGGCACCUGGAGUGGCCUUGCUCCCCGCUGCAUCCUUUCCAUCCCUGCUGUCCAAUGCUCACAUGUCCACAUUGAAAAUGGAUACAAGAUGUCUGGCAAAGAGGCUCCAUAUUUCUAUAAUGACAGUGUGACAUUCAAGUGUAAUAAUGGAUUUACUUUGAAGGGCAGCAGUAAGAUUCGGUGCAAAGCCAAUAACACCUGGGAUCCUGAAAUUCCAGUUUGUGAAAAAGGCUGCCAGCCACCCUCUGGGCUCCACCACGGUCAGCACACAGGUGGAAAUACGGUCCUCUUUGUCUCUGGGAUGACUGUAGACUACACUUGUGACCCUGGCUACUUGCUUUUGGGAAACAAAUCCAUUCGCUGUAUGCCUUCGGGAAAUUGGAGUCCUUCUGCCCCACGGUGCGAAGAAGCCUGUCAGCCUGUGAGAGAGGACUUUCGGGAAGUUCCGGCUGAUUCCCGUGUGGAACUGGUUAAUACCUCCUGUCCAGAUGGGUACCAGUUCACUGGAUAUGCUCUUCAGAAGUGUCAAGAUACUGAGAAUAGGAUUUGGUUCCAAAAAAAUUCACUUUGUCAAGUUAUUCACUGUCAACCUCCACCAGUGAUUGACAAUGGGAGGCACUCAGGCAUGAUGGCAGGACACUUUCUAUAUGGAAAUGAAGUCUCUUAUGAAUGUGACCAGGGAUUCUAUCUUGUGGGAGAGAAAAACUUACAGUGCAGAAAUGAUUCUAAAGGGCAUGGAUCUUGGAGUGGACCUCCCCCUCAGUGCGUAGAAUCUCCUGCCGUAACUCAUUGCCCUAACCCAGAAAUCAAACAUGGAUACAAGCUCAAUGAAACUCAGUCUGCAUAUUCCCACAAUGACAUGGUGUAUGUCGCCUGCAACCGUGGCUUCAUCAUGAACGGCAGUCACUUGAUUAAGUGUCAUACGGAUAACACUUGGGUUCCAGGUGUACCAACAUGUAUCAGAAAGGCUUUCUUAGGGUGUCAACCUCCAUCCAAGACCCCCAACGGGAAUCAUACUGGUGGCGAUACAGCUGAGUUUUUCCCUGGAAUGUCCAUCCAGUACAGCUGUGAUCCAGGCUACCUGCUGGUACACUUGCUCCUCUUCUUUGUGAUGUGAUUGGGGAGGAUGGGGUCCUCUCCGAGGAUCCCGGAGCCUGUCGGGCUGCCGGCGCCCCUUCUCCGCUUCUGCUGCAGAGGAGCCCGGCUGGCGGUUCUGGUGCUGCUCGCGCUGCCGGCGGCCUGGGGUCAAUGCAGUGCCCCAGAAUGGUUACCAUUUGCCAGGCCUAUCAAAUUAACUGAUACGUCAGAGUUUCCCAUUGGGACAACUUUGAAGUAUCAAUGCCGCCCUGGUUAUUCUGGAAAACAGUUUUCUAUCACCUGCCUAAAAACCUCAGUCUGGACAGAAGUUAAGGACUGGUGUAAACGUAAACCAUGUAAAAUUCCAUUAGAUCCUCUGAAUGGCAUGGUGCAUGUGAUCACAGAUAGCCUUCUUGGAUCCCAAAUCAAUUAUUCGUGUGAUAAAGGAUUCCGUCUUAUGGGAUCCCCCUCUGCUACAUGCAUCAUCGCAGGCAAUACUGUCACUUGGGAUAACCCAGCACCUAUUUGUCAGAAAAUUUUCUGUAAGACUCCCCCAGCCAUCCCCAAUGGAAAGUUCUUCAGCAACAGAGAAUAUUUUGAAUACGGACAGGUGGUGACCUAUCACUGCACACGUGGAAACAGGGGAACAGUGUUUGACCUUGUGGGUGAGGAGUCCAUAUAUUGCACCAGCAAUGAGGAUCAAGUCGGCGUCUGGAGCGGCCCUCCCCCUCAGUGCAUUGUACCUAAUAAAUGCACGCCUCCGAAUGUUGAAAAUGGAAUGAUAGCAUCUGGUAACAGAAGCUUAUUUUCCUUAAAUGAAAUUGUGGUAUUGAGUUGUCAGCCUGGCUUUGUCAUGAAAGGACCCCGCAGAGUGCAGUGUGGAGCUCUAAACAAGUGGGAGCCGGAGUUACCCAGCUGCUCCAGGGUGUGUCAGCCACCCCCAGACAUCUUGCAUGGCGCACAUACCCCACGUGACAAGGACAACUUCUCCCCUGGGGAGGAAGUGUUCUACAGCUGUGAGCUUGGCUAUGACCUCACGGGGGCUGCUUCCCUGCGCUGCACACCCCAGGGAGACUGGAGCCCUGAAGCUCCCAGAUGCGCAGUGAAAUCCUGUGAUGACUCCCUGGGCCAACUCCCCAAUGGCCGUGUUCUAGUUCCACUUAAUCUCCAGCUUGGAGCAAAGGUGUCCUUUGUUUGUGAUGAAGGUGGAAUGGAAAGCAUCUGGAAUGGCAGUGUUCCUGUGUGUGAACGGAUCUUUUGUCCAAGUCCUCCAGCUAUUCUUAAUGGGAGACACACAGGAAAACCUUCUGAGGUCUUUCCCUUUGGAAAAGAAGUGACAUAUACAUGUGACCCCCACCCAGAAAUAGGGAUGCCCUUCGGCCUCAUUGGGGAGAGCACCAUCCGCUGCACAAGUGACCAUGAAGGGAAUGGGAUUUGGAGCAGCCCUGCCCCUCGCUGUGGACUUCUGGGUCACUGUACAACCCCAGAUCAUUUUCAGUUUGCUGAGUUGAGAACCCAAACCAACACAUCUGACUUUCCCAUUGGGACAUCUUUAAAGUAUGUAUGCGGCCCUGGGUACUACAGAAGGCUGUUCUCUAUCACGUGUCUAGAAAACCUAGUCUGGUCGAGUCCUGAAGAUGUCUGUAAACGUAAAUCGUGUAAAACUCCCCCAGAUCCUAUGAAUGGCAUCGUGCACGUGAUCACAGACAGCCAGGUUGGAUCCAGAAUCAAUUAUUCCUGUAAUGAAGGGUACCGACUUUUUGGUGACUCAUCUGCUGAAUGUAUCAUCUUGGGCAAUACUGUUGAUUGGGGGUCAGAGCCUCCAGUUUGCCAGCGUAUUAUGUGUAAGCCACCCCCAGCCAUCCCCAAUGGAAAGUUCUUCAGCAACAGAGAAUAUUUUGAAUACGGACAGGUGGUGACCUAUCGCUGCACACGUGGAAACAGGGGGAAACCAGUGUUUGACCUUGUGGGUGAGGAGUCCAUAUAUUGCACCAGCAAUGAGGAUCAAGUCGGCGUCUGGAGCGGCCCUCCCCCUCAGUGCAUUGUACCUAAUAAAUGCACGCCUCCGAAUGUUGAAAAUGGAAUGAUAGCAUCUGGUAACAGAAGCUUAUUUUCCUUAAAUGAAAUUGUGGUAUUGAGUUGUCAGCCUGGCUUUGUCAUGAAAGGACCCCGCAGAGUGCAGUGUGGAGCUCUAAACAAGUGGGAGCCGGAGUUACCCAGCUGCUCCAGGGUGUGUCAGCCACCUCCACAAAUCCUGCACGGUGAGCACAGCCCAACUGGCAAGGACAACUUCUCCCCUGGGCAGGAAGUGUACUACAGCUGUGAACCUGGCUACGACCUCACGGGGGCUGCUUCCCUGCGCUGCACACCCCAGGGAGACUGGAGCCCUGCAGCUCCCAGAUGUGCAGUGAAAUCCUGUGAUCAUUCCUUGAGCCAACUCCCUAAUGGCCGUGUGCUGUUUCCACUUAAUCUCCAGCUUGGAGCAAAGGUCUCCUUUGUUUGUGAUGAAGGGUUCCGCUUAAAGGGCAGCCCCGCCAGUCAUUGUGUCCUAGUUGGAACGAGAAGCCUUUGGAACAGCACCGUUCCUGUGUGUGAAAAAAUCUUUUGUCCAGAUCCUCCAGCUAUCCUUCAUGGGAGACACACAGAAACUCCUCUGGGAAAUAUUCCCUAUGGAAAAGAAAUAUCGUAUACAUGUGACUCACACCCAGACGGAGGGGUGACCUUCGACCUCAUCGGGGCAAGCACCAUCCGUUGCACGAGUGACAGUCAAGGGAACGGGAUUUGGAGCAGCCCCGCCCCUCGCUGUGAGCUUUCCGUUCCUGCUGGUCACUGUAAACUCCCAGAGCAAUUUUCAUUUGCUCGUCCUAUAACCCCAACUGUUGAGUCCGAGUUUCCUGUUGGCACGUCUCUGAAUUAUGAGUGCCACCCUGGGUAUUUGGGGAGCAUGUUCUCUAUCACCUGCCUCGAAAACUUGGUCUGGUCAAGUGUCAAAGACAUCUGUAGACGAAAAUCAUGUGGAACUCCUCCAGAACCCUUCAAUGGAAUGGUGCAGAUAAACACAGAUACCCAAUUUGGAUCAAUAGUUAAUUAUUCUUGUAAUGAAGGGUAUCGACUCAUUGGUUCCCCAUCUACUGUUUGUGUCCUCUCGGGCAAUAACGUCACAUGGGAUAAAGAGGCACCUAUUUGUGAGAGUAUAUCCUGUGAGCCGCCUCCAGCCAUAUCCAAUGGCGACUUCUACAGCAACAAUAGAACGUUUUUUCACCAUGGAGCAGUGGUCACUUACCAGUGUCACACUGGGCCAGACGGGGAAACGCUGUUUGACCUCAGGGGAGAACAGUCAAUAUACUGCACCAGCAAAGAUAAUCAAGUUGGUGUAUGGAGUGGCCCUCCCCCUCGGUGUGUUUCUGCUAAUAAAUGCACAGUUCCAGAAGUUGAAAAUGCAAUUAGAGAAUCUGGAAAUAGGAGUUCAUUUUCCCUCCACGAGAGGGUGAGAUUUAGAUGCCAGCCUGGCUUUGUCAUGAAAGGGUCUGACACCGUGCAGUGCCAGACCAACAACAGCUGGGGACCUGAGCUGCCACGCUGCUUCAGGGUGUGUCAGCCACCCCCAGACAUCCUGCAUGGUGCACAUUCCCCAAGUGACAAGGACAACUUCUCCCCAGGGGAGGAAGUGUUCUACAGCUGUGAGCUUGGCUAUGACCUCACGGGGGCUGCUUCCCUGCGCUGCACACCCCAGGGAGACUGGAGCCCUGCAGCUCCCAGAUGCGCAGUGAAAUCCUGUGAUGACUUCCUGGGCCAUCUCCCUAAUGGCCGUGUUCUAGUUCCACUUAAUCUCCAGCUUGGAGCAAAGGUUUCCUUUGUUUGUGAUGAAGGGUUCCGGUUAAAAGGCAACUCAGUUAGUCACUGUAUCUUGGCUGGACUGAAAAGCCUGUGGAACAGCAGCGUUCCCGUGUGUGAACAAAUCUUUUGUCCAGAUCCUCCAGCUAUCCCUCAUGGGAGACACACAGUAACUCCUCUGGGAAAUAUUCCCUAUGGAAAAGAAGUAUCCUACAUAUGUGACUCACACUCAGACAGAGGGGUGGCCUUCAACCUCAUUGGGGCAAGCACCAUCCGUUGCACGAGUGACAGUCAAGGGAAUGGGAUUUGGAGCAGCCCCGCCCCUCGCUGUGAGCUUUCCAUUCCUGUUGCAUGCCCACAUCCACCUGAGAUCCAGAAUGCACAUCUCAUUGAAAGGCAUGUACCUCCAUAUCUUCCUGGGAUGACAGUCAGCUACAUUUGUCACCAUGGCUACCUAUUGGUGGGAAAAGCCUUCAUUUUUUGUACAGACCAGGGAACCUGGAGCCAUUUUGAUCAUUAUUGUAAGGAGGUAAAUUGUAGCCUCCCACAGUUUAUGAAUGGAGUCCGGAAGGAGCCGGAAAUGAGAAGAGUAUACCACUAUGGAGAUAAAGUAACUUUGGAGUGUGAAGAUGGAUAUUCUCUGGAAGGCAGUCCGUGGAGCCAGUGCCAGGCGGAUGACAGAUGGGACCCUCCUCUGGCCAUAUGUACAUCUCGCCAACGUGAUGCUGUCAUAGUUGGCACGUUCUUUGGUCUGAGCUUCUUUAUUUUAUUCAUCAUUGUUCCCUGUGGGAUAAUUCUAAGUCACAGAAAGCGUCAUAAUACAGAUGAAAAGUCUAAAGAAGUGUUUAUCCAGUUACAUCCUCAGAAAACCAAGAGUGAUCAACCUCAAACUCUGCAAACAAGUCAAGAAAAUAGCAGGUACCUAGACACUUACUGA